GCUCCAGGCCACUGCAGACUCCUCUCUUCUCUCUCCUCCGUCUCCGUCCACACGCUCGGGAGUUGCACACACACCGCGCCGCUGUCUGCAGGAGGCACCCGUGGAGGAGUUCUUGGCACGGUGCGGCUGGCAGCGCCUGCGUGCACGUGCAUAAAUCCACCAGCCGGAUCGCCGGGUUUGUACAUUGUCGCUCCUACAGAAAUAAACUCCUCUCUCAACAUCCCCGCACUGCAGCAAUCCCGUCGCACGUCUGUUAGACAAAGCCCGCUCUGGGAGUAUGUGUGGAUUACGAUCAGUCAUGGCGUGUCAGCUGUAGAACACCAGGGACGGCGUGGGAGUGGGAAACGACUUAAUUGAUGCGUGGAGUAUCCAAGUGAUUCCACCGACGACUCCUUCCAACAAGUGCUCGGUAACGCAGGAUUCGGAAAACCCCCCUCGUAAACGGAGAGAGCCAAGCGGUGCCCUCGCCAUGGUGUUGCCGCCCCCCGACAAACGCCACGUGUGCUUGACCACCAUUGUCAUCAUGACCAGCAUGGCCUUCAUGGACGCCUACCUGGUGGAGCAGAACCAGGGGCCCAGGAAGAUCGGCGUGUGCAUCAUCGUGCUCGUCGGGGACGUGUGCUUCCUCAUAGUGCUGCGAUACGUGGCGGUGUGGGUCGGAGCCGAGGUGCGCACGGCCCGGCGGGGUUACGCGAUGAUCCUCUGGUUCCUCUACAUCUUCGUGCUGGAAAUCAAACUCUACUUUGUGUUCCAGAAUUGCAAGGCGGACAGGAAGAGUCUGGAGACGGUGGCGCGGAAGGCAUUGACGUUGCUUUUAUCGGUGUGCGUGCCCGGUCUGUACUUGGUUCUCGUGGCGCUGGACAGCAUGGAAUAUGUGAGGACUUUCCGGAAGAAGGAGGACAUGCGAAGCCGCCUGUUCUGGGUGGCGCUGGACUUACUUGAUCUCCUGGACAUCCAAGCCAACCUGUGGGAGCCCCAACGCACGGGUCUGCCCAUCUGGGCCGAGGGCCUGAUGUUCUUCUACUGCUACAUCUUGCUGCUCAUCCUGCCCUGCGUGUCGCUGAGCGAGAUCAGCAUGCAGGGCGAGCACAUGACCCCCCAGAAGAUGAUGCUCUACCCGGUCCUGAGCUUGGUCACCAUCAACGUGGUCACCAUCCUCAUACGAGGCGUCAACAUGGUGCUCUUUCAGGACAGCCGCGUGUCCACCAUCUUUGUGGGCAAGAACGUGGUGGCCAUCGCCACCAAGGCCUCCACCUUCCUGGAGUACCGCAGGCAGGUGAAGGAGUUCCCUCACCCUCAAAACGCCAUGGCCAUGGAGAUGCAGCAGAACUCGGUCGGCCACACGCAGACUCUGCCCAACGCCACCACCACUUUGCCGCACGAACCCACGCCGGCGCAGGACGUCAUUGAAUCGUGACCGCCAUCCUGCGCCUAGAAUGUAACCAGCAACACAACUCGACCUGUGAAUUUUAGUCAUACAACAAAAUGUUCUGAAAGUUGUGUUUAGUAGGGUCCGUCUCUUUUGUAACAAUGCUUCUUGCAAUUAAAUAUGAAAGAACCCAUAGCGUCCAGAUGAGCAAAAUAUUAUUUUUUGCUUCGGAAAUUUAAUCUGGCAGUCAU